AUGGUCUUCUGUUGUUCCUCUGAGUCACUGUCUGACACUGUUGCCCUGGAGAGCCCAGGGUGGCUGGUGACAACGAGCAGGGCACAGCAAUUGCCCCGACCCUCCCUGUCGCUGCACCCCAGCCAGAGGGUGUCCCUGGGGGACAAUGUCACCCUGCGGUGCCACCUGCCCCGGCUGGCUAGCAGGAUCCAGCUCUGCCAGGAUCAGCGUCUGACUUCCUGCAUGGACAAGUAUGAGAUGCAGGAUGUAGCUGACUUCUACAUUACCACAAAGCGGGAACAUGCAGGGACGUAUCGGUGCCAGUAUCAGGUGCAGAAGCCAUUGCAGACGUCAGAGAAGAGUGACCCAAUGGAGCUGGUGGUGACAGAUCUGAGCUUCCCCCCACCCGGCAUUUCCCUGAGCCCUGGGGGACACGUGGGGACGGGGACCAACAUCACCAUCCGUUGCUGGAACAAGGAUUAUGGGGCCACUUUCCUCCUGCACAAGGACGGGUGCUCAGCUGCCUUCCAGCGCCAGCACCCCGAUGAAGGGGGUAUGGCCACCUUCACCCUCUUUCAGGUGACCCCAACUGAUAAUGGCACCUAUAGGUGCUCCUACCUCAUCAAAGGCUACUUCCCCUUACUGUCCUCACCCCUUGGGGACAACGUCACUCUGGAGGUGACACCCACAUCUGCACACCCAGGUGCUGCCGUGGAGUCCCACAGGAACCUGGUGGUGGCAGUGGCAGGGGGCUGUGCUGUCGCCUUUGUGUUCAUCCCCCUCCUCAUCAUCUUCUUCCUCCUCACUACCCGCAGAUGCCAGAGGUUGAGAGAUAAGCGCCAUGGUGCACCCCCCAGAAGGCCCGAGGAUGUGCAGCUCCAAGGUCAGUGUCUGGGUCAGGCAAUCCCAAAUCCCAAUCUGCCCUUCAGGCCCCAAACCCAGCUCGGGAACCCCAGUCCUUGCCCACUGGGAGCACAUAGGACUCUCAGCCCCAUGUGGCUUAACCCAACUUCAUGUGCAUCCCCAAAUCCAGCCGAUGGAAACAUCUAAUUUGCACCAGGGGGGCUCCCCAAGCCCCACAUUUAAGUUCCCAGACACCCUGGUGCCCACCAAGCCCUGAACAGCGCCCAGACCCCACGGGCAUCUUCAAACUGAGUAAUGGGACCUCAACACUGCCCACGGUCUCCAGUGUCUGACCCCCAGGGACCCCAAAUCUCAGCCCCAAACCCACCCUCAUGGACACUCCCCCUGCAUACUUACAACAUGGGUGUUCCCCCCAAGCAAACUGGGGACUCCCAUAGUGACACUCCCCUGUCCCUCUCUGUCCCCAGGCGCCACGCAGUGACAGCGACUGUCUGACCUAUGUUGAGCUGCAAGCGGAGCCCCCCACAACUUGGUCCCCUGCUCCUCCUGCUGACCCCCAACCCCCCAAUAUCUAUGCUGAUGUGCGCACCGGGGGACCCCACUGAUGUCCCCCAUAUGAGUGGACAUGCACGUGGAUGUAGUGUGCACAGAUGCACUUCAACCGUGCACACUGCUGGUGUGCUGUGUGUGCUUACAACCACGUGUGCAAUACAUGCAUGUACCACUGCAUGUGUUCAUGUGAAUUACAUGUGUGUACACCAUCAUGUCCUCAAUUAGUUUACACAUGUGUGCUUUGUGCUCUGUG